GGUAUAGGAGGAGUAAGGUGUGGUUGUUUAGGAAAAAGAAAAAAGAAUAGAGAGAGUGAUGAGUAUGGAUCUAGCAGUGGUGGACUAUGGUUCGUGCAAGACGAGACCAUCGGCUCUUCUGAACUCGAUAUUUAUGACGACGGUAAACGCAGCCGCAAAGAGCCUUGUUGCGGUAGCUUCGAAUGCUAAGGCGGCAGACCAACAAACAGAAAAGUGGAGAGCAACAGACCACAUGAGGUUCAUGUUGAUGCUCAUGACUUGGUUAGCAGUUUGGGUUCUUAGGGUAUUGAUGGAUCACUGUCCUUUCUCUACUGCUUCUUCCUAUUCACUUGAUGAUUUAAUGAUGUUGCCAUCAACUGGAGCUUCUUCUACUUCUGCUUUUGAUUUAGUGCUUCAACAAGAUUCUACUAAUUAUAUACAACCACCUUCUGCUAAAGCUCUUGGUAGAGCUCUCACGCAUAUACUAGCGUUGCUAAAUGAGAUUCCAGCUUCGUCGAGGAAGUACCAGUUUGCAAUGGGGAUGGCUGACAAGAUCAUAGAGGAGAACACUAAAUGCGGACACUUAGAGAUGCUCCAAGUUAAUCGUUCGGCCCUGGCUUCAGCCUUCACGCGUACAUCUGGACUUCUUUAUAGCUCUUUAAAGAGUCCCCGUAUGUCAGAGGAUUCAUGGACAUGGCCAUCACGUAUUCUUCGAUCCCUUCCUUUGGGAUCUUUUGUGGCGUCAUCACUCAAAGGUUUGGGCACAUUUUUUCCAUGGGUGGGAACUGCCACGAGCCUCUUUCAAAACAAGAGACAGCUGGCGGUUCCCGGUCAUGUGGAGAGUGUGAAUGACUUGGCAGCUGAGAAACACGCACAUGAGUUGCUGUGGAUAACAAGUAAGAUGGUAGAGUGUGGUGCUGUGGAUGAAGCUUUGGUGCAUUGGAGCUUAUCUUCUGGCUUAGCUUCCAUUACUCUCUUGUCUAAUCUCAGGGUGCAAGGAUUCAUUGUCAAGAUCACAGCGAUAUUAAUUGGAGAGCUUAACAAAGUUAAAUAUGAAGUUCCAAGGCAAGUGAAGUUCAACAUACUCGUGUUGUGGAUUCCGCUGUUGUGUUAUGCAGAAAAUGGAGUUUCAUAUCCAGUAUUGUCGGGAUAUGAGAAGGUGGAGAUGGAGAAGGCAAUGAACGAAUUGAUCCGUACGCUACCCAGUAUUGAUCAAGAGGUUAUUCUCAUCAACUGGAUGCAAGAUUUCAUGACAGCAUCUUCGGACUGGCCAAAUCUCCACAAUUCAUAUGACCAUUGGUGCCAUUCCACUCGUGAGUUCAUUCCAGGAGUUAUGCAUGAAGGAGGACAACUUUGUGAGUCUACUCUAUAUAUGUAAAAUAUAGUUGUACUUGGGAUGUGAGUGUUUUUUCGUUGAAGACUCUAGGACCUGGAUAAAAGUAUCAUUUGGUAGUG